AUGUACCAGAUGCAAAGUAUAAUGAACGCUCUUCGUUCUACAAAGCAAGCAUAUCAUUGGUUUGAAAACCAACAGACAAAAGAACUUUUAGAAGAAUUUCCUCAUAUGAUUGCUUCCCUCGGAAAACCGAGAGAAGAGAUUCCGUACGAAAAUCGCAAGAAUUUGGCUCCUGGUUUGAAAGGUUAUUAUGUUCAUAGACUUUUAGUAAAUGCUGUAGCAAUGUGGGCUUCACCUCGUUAUGCUUGUUAUAUUUUCAUGAUGUUAGAUGAACUAUAUAAAGCAGAACGUGGAGAGAUGGAAAAGAAACUUCAAGCAAAAGAUGAAGUCAUUGAAUCCAAAGACAAAAGCAUACAGAAAAGAAUACCGCGUUCAGUACCAAAAGGAAAGGAAAAGAGUUAUAGGUAUAUGAUAUAUACUGAAGAGUUGGAGAAAGAAGAAGAUAAAGAUAUGGUUAUGUUGCAUUUAGUCAGAAGAAACAACAAGAGCUUUUAUGACUUAGCUAAAAUAUAUAAAUCUGACAGAAACUGGUUCUAUCGUGAAAACUUACCGAUUUCAAUGACACCGAAUGAGCAAAUAAAGGAAAUU